GCACCGGCAGAUGUACGUUUGAUAAGGGGCCUUUAAAUACGUCGUUUAAGAAUCCAUGUGGUAUAACAGGAUGGAUAACGGCGAUAUCAGUGUAACGCUGAGCUUCGACGUUGCAGGGGUUGAGUCUGGUUCCCUAAGAUUGCUGAUGUGAGAUACCAAUACGCUAAUAAUUUAAUGCAUCCUUCCGGCUGGUUGGAUUCAGCGACGUCUCGGUCAAAGAUCAAAGGGGAUAUGAUGGAGGCAGGGAGACAAUGGGGUUUUAUAUUCGAAGCAUCAUGCAUGUCUGAGACGUGCACGUGAGAAUGAAGACCAGCGGACUCUCGGAGGAAUUUUCGACUUGGCUCCGGAGUUACACAAUGGAGGUGCAAAAUAACAAGAGUGCGUAUAUGGGUAGCUUGAAACGAAAUAAAAUACACGUAAAGAACAACGCUAUUCCGACCAUUCUGCAUGAUUCCAUCCAUAAUCAUCUCAUCUAUAGCGAAAAGGGGUGUCGUAUCGCUGCCGUCGUCAACUCGGAAAACACAUGUUGGUUCGUCAGGCCUGCUGACGAGUGGAAAACAAGUCUCGCAGUCGCAGUCGCAGUCGCAGUAAUUAGCACCUCCGACCUCCGUACCCUCCGCCCAUACGCCUACCGCCUCCCAUACCUCCCAUACCCAUACCGCCGCCGCCGCCCAUUCGUCGACGACCGCCCAUUAGACCGCCCAUCAUGCCUCCGCCUCCUCCCAUCCGUCCGCCGCCGUGCGAGGGUCCCAUCAUGGCCGGGCGGGGUCCCAUACCUCCGCCGGUGUGGUGAACUGUACGUCGAGAACCACCGAAGCACAUGUUUGCUUUGUUGUGUGGGUUUUUGUUUGUCUUUGUUCUUGUUCUUGUUGUUUGUUUGCCAGGGGUGUGUGUGCACUAGGUUCCGUAGGGCGUGUUUCUGGCCUACUUUCUCGGUGGAUAACGGUUGUCUGUUUUGAGGUUCGACCUGAGUUUUUUUCUUUGCUCUCUCUUCUUUUUUGCAGUGAGAGAUGAUUGAUUAGGGGUUUUGAUUUUGUAUGAUCAUGAAGAGUUUCAAGGAUGAGAGAGUAGGACGGCGAGAGAGGGUUUAAGUAGUUGAUGGUUUAUCUCUUCGUUCGUUGGCUAGCGUCACUGCGUCAGUUGCGAUAUCUUAAUACAAGUCGAAAGAGAAAGGAAAAGGCAGACUGACGACAUCGUUUUUGUUUCCCAACUUCUACUUCC